AUGGAAACGUACGGAACUUACCAAGAGCUCUCUGUGGACAGUGUCACAGAAGCAUUCAAUGCACUCGAAGAGGGGGCAGCAGACCGCAAUACUACAUUCACAUCUAUUAGAGCUCAACUUAUCCGAUACCACCGGUUGUAUGUGCAACGGGAUGAAGAGGC